GUAUAUGAACUAUGGUGGUAUUGGGGCCACAAUCGGUCAUGAAAUCGCACAUGGAUUUGACAAUAUAGGAUUACGAUUUGAUAAAGAUGGUGCUAAUCAGAGGUUGUGGUCAAAAGAAGACAUGAAUGAAUUUAGCAAAAGAGCUCAGUGUUUCGUAGAUACGAUCAGCAACAUCACCGUACCUGGGACUGGUGGAUUGAAGGUAUUGUGCACGCUCACGCACACACACACACACGCAUUUUUUAAAUUUUGUUUUGAAGAGUCUUUUUUUGCAUAAUGAGAUCUCCGGCGCUUAUACAUAAGUUACACCAUUGAAAUUUACAAAUAAAUGUGAAGUAUGAUAUUAAAGAAUAACAAUGUCAAUUUUCAGUUCAUUAUCAUGCAUGAUUAGCAUGUUACACAUUGGCAUAUUUAAAAAGAUGAAUUUGAAAAUAUACAUUCCUAUGAAAUAUCAGGUUUUAAUGUUGUAACAUAAUGAAUGAG